UGAAGAUCUUGCCGACCUUCCCACUCCUACCUUCGCUUCUGUAGUUGCUGGUGUAACCUCACCUACCGAGCUUCCUGAACAGCCAGCCCGAAGUGCAGUACCUCCGCUCGCUGCUCCCCCCGUUCAACCUGAACCUGAACUCCCUGUUCAAGCUACCGACCCUGUGGUUGAAGAACCUUCGGUUUCCACGGGUAAUUACACAACAAGUAUAUGUCCAGCCGAAGCAGGACGUGAUACUGCACCACAAAUAAGUUAUUCCGAAUUUCACCAGUACUAUGUUCAAUUCGACGACAACGGCAAUGUGAUUCGUCGAUCUUACGACCCACCGACCCAAACGACCUCCACCACUUACGACCCACCGACUCAAACGACCUCCACCACUCCGAAUUCACCUACCAUCGAGCUCGCUAUGGAUGUUUCGACAAGCCCUGCGAGCUAUCUACAGACCAGCGCCGAGCAUCCACUGGAAGCCGAAUCUGUUCUGCCCGCUGCUUCCGCUGAUGGUGGAAUCUCAUCCUGUGCACCUUUGCCUGCAGUUCAACAUUUUGUCACAGGUAAUUGCACAAAUUGUAUAUGUCCAGCCGAAGCUGGACAAGAUACCGCACUGCCUCAAGGAAAUUCCGCACCUCCCCCAGCAUCGAACACACCUUCAUCUCUCGAAGCCGAUGCUAGCCAUUUGUCUGGUGAGACACCAAACUCCUUCUUACAACCAACGUCUAAACGAGCCAGGCAUGCCGCAUCUUCAACCUUCCGAUCAGCAAACCACUCGACGCAAUCAGUUCCAGCAAACUAUUCGACGCACCCCGGUGCUUUCGGGACCCGCUGCUCAUCCAGCGCCGCAACUGUCACCACCCUACCUGGAUUACCGACGCCGAACCUAGUCGCGCCCUUCGCAUCUUUAACCUUCCGUGCAGGUAAUGCUCGUUCGGGUAUAUGUCCGGCCGAAGCCGCAGGUGCUGCCGCCCCCUCAUUCGGUUUCCAAAACGUUCCAGCAAACUAUUCGACGCAACCCGGUGCUUUCGGGACCCGCUGCUCAUCCAGCGCCGCAACUAUCACCACCCUACCUGGAUUACCGACGCCGAACCUAGUCGCGCCCUCCGCACCUUUAACCUUCCGUGCAGCAAACUAUUCGACGCAACCCGGUGCUUUCGGGACCCGCUGCUCAUCCAGCGCCGCAACUAUCACCACCCUACCUGGAUUACCGACGCCGAACCUAGUCGCGCCCUCCGCACCUUUAACCUUCCGUGCAGGUAAUGCUCGUUCGGGUAUAUGUCCGGCCGAAGCCGCAGGUGC